CAAGUAAACCUCAACUUCCCAAAAGAAACAUAACCUAAACACCGCAAGAUUUUUGUAUGUUAUUUAUAUUUUAAAUGUUGUAGUAGUGUUUAAAACAAUGCCACAAAGUUCAGAACGAUUAUCACUAGAUUAUAUAAACCUCUCACAGAAGUGGUCGGAGGCAGUACCAAAUUAUAAUAAACAGUAUUUUAAUAUUUAUAUUGUUCGGUUAAAAGAAAUGACGAAGUUACUAGAGCAUCGAAUUGAAAAGAAAUGGGGCAAAACAUAUCCAGUGUGUAAAUUGCAUAAGUUAUCAGAAGAAAAACACGCAAAAUGUGUUGUACUUGGUACUAUUUUUAAAAAUCAGAAGUUAAAACCGUCUAUAUUGAAACAGUUGGCUGAAGGAAAUCAGCUUGUGCCACAACCCAUCAUUACGCAUUUUACAGAUAAAUCCGACCAACUUUACAUUGAAGAUGAACUACAAAGAUACCUUUUAGUUAGUUGCCUCCAGUGUGAUAGCUUGGUUACGGGAAUUUCCUGUGCUCUCCUUGGUACUGGAGAUGAUAAAGGUAGAUUCGUAGUGGAAGAUUAUGUCUUUGCAGGAUUCAGAGAACAAGUCCCAAGACCACUUUUUGAAGAUUCGGCCUAUGUAGUAUUUAUAAGUGGUCUAGACUUAAUUAAUAGUGCAAAAUUUGCAAUUAAUUUACAACUUCUGAUACAUUGGAUUUCUGGACUUGUUGGUGACCUAAGUGGCAUAGAAACGUCGAGAAUUACACGUGUCAUUAUAACAGGCAAUAGCGUUAGAAAUACACCUGAACCUGUGAAACCAUCAAUAUCUUUGUUGUCUAGACUACCUGACUCUAAUGAAACCUUUGAAGCUGUGAAAUUGUUGGACAAGUUUUUGCUACAGUUAGGUCAAACAAUAGAUGUAGAUGUGAUGCCUGGGACACAUGAUCCUUCAAACCACAUUUUACCGCAAAAACCUAUGCACUAUUGUAUGUUUCCUGAGGCAUCAGUAUAUAAAUCAGUGAAUCAAGUUUCUAAUCCCUAUUAUUACUCCGUUGGUGGAAUUAAGAUAUUGGGAACAUCUGGACAACCUGUGGAUGACAUUACAAAAUUUUCAGAGAUAACUGAUCCAUUGGAAGGUUUAGAAUAUUGUUUAAAGUGGAAUCACAUAGCUCCAACAGCUCCUGAUACCCUCGGGUGCUUCCCUUUCUAUGAAUCUGACCCAUUUAUAAUUGAUGACUGUCCACAUGUUUUCUUUGCAGGAAAUCAAAAAGAAUUUUCAAGUCGUGAAUGCAUAGGUGAAGAUGGUCAAAAAGUCACUUUAAUCAGUGUACCAAAGUUCAGUGAAACUUUGCAAGCUUGUAUUUUAGAUCUGAAAUCUUUACAUUGUCAUCCAAUUACUUUUCAAACGUCUUAAAUAUAUAUUUUCUUUGUAUAUUUUAAACAAA